ACAAAUCACGUCGUUACGAAACAAUUGGCCCAUGCACAUCAUCGUGUUAAAAUUUUCACCAUUUCAUUUAAUUCCCAAUUAUCUUCCAAAUCCGAAUAAUUUUCCAUUUUUACUAAUAAUCACACCAUUUUCUGCAAUUUCGUUUCCUUUCUACCAAUGUAAAUAUUAUGGUAACAAAUGUUGCAAUGUCGCAUUCAGCAUCAUCAACGACAUUCUAACGUCUUCAAGGUUUCAAAUUGUGAAGAUUUUAUACUCAUCAUAUUCUUCUGGUGAUUCAAAGCUUCCAUUUUUGUUUUGUUUUUUGUUUCUUUUUUCACGUGAUUGGUGACACUGUUUCGUAAGAAUAGAAGAAAAAGUUUUGUUUUUUGUGCUGAAUUCUACUGAUUUGAGGUGAUGGGUCGUUGCCCAUGUUUUGGGUCUAGAAAGAAGGAAAAAGUGAAAAACCUUAAUGGCCAUGAAGAUGAAGAGGAUGAUGUCAACAACCUUAAAUCUGUUGGGAUUGCAUCUGUUUCUGGAAGAUCUUUAGAACGGACAUCAGAAGCUACUCCGGAAGAGAAUAUCGACAGUUCUGAUAAGGCGCAGAUAUUUACCUUCAGAGAGCUUGCGACGGCAACAAAAAAUUUUAGGGAUGAAACCUUUAUUGGACAAGGUGGAUUUGGAACUGUCUACAAAGGAAAGCUAGAUAAAACUAAUCAGAUGGUAGCUGUUAAAAGACUUGAUACAACUGGUGUCCAAGGGGAGAAAGAAUUUUUAGUAGAGGUUCUCAUGCUCUCUCUUCUACACCAUCCCAACCUUGUUAAUAUGAUCGGUUAUUGCGCUGAAGGCGACCAACGGCUUCUUGUGUAUGAAUACAUGCCUUUGGGAUCCUUAGAAUCUCAUCUCCAUGAUCUUUUCCCUGAUAAAGAACCGCUCGAUUGGAAUACCAGAAUGAUGAUAGCUGCUGGUGCUGCAAGAGGACUAAACUAUCUCCACCACGAAGCAAAGCCUUCUGUUAUAUACAGAGAUUUGAAAUCAUCCAACAUACUUUUGGAUGAAAGAUUCUGUCCUAGGCUUUCUGAUUUCGGGCUUGCGAAAUUCGGUCCGACGGGAGACCAAUCGUAUGUCGCCACUAGAGUCAUGGGAACACAUGGUUAUUGUGCACCUGAGUAUGCAACUACUGGAAAAUUAACAAUGAGAUCUGACAUCUAUAGUUUCGGAGUCGUGUUAUUGGAGCUAAUAACAGGACGUAGAGCGUAUGACGAUAGUCGUGGCCACGACAAGCAUCUCGUCGAUUGGGCGCGGCAGUUGUUCAGAGAGAGAAGUAAUUAUCCAAAACUAGCCGAUCCAAAUUUGCAAGGUCACUUCCCUAUAUCUGGUCUAAGGAUGGCCAUUGAAAUGGCGUGCAUGUGUCUUCGAGAAGAGCCACGUCACCGGCCUAGUGCAGCCGAUAUAGUAUUAGCCCUAGAUUACUUGUCAGCCAAGCAAAAUGUUCCAAAAGUAUCUGGAAAAAAUAGCACGGGAAGCAUGGAGAUCGAAAACUCUCCGAAAGAAUCAACGAUGAUUAUGCCGAUUUUGCCUAAAGACUUGCUAAGAGAGCAAGCUGUUGCAGAGGCGAAACAGUGGGGGGAGACAUGGAGAGAAAAGAGAAAACAAAGUUGUGGAAAUAGUCCUGAGGCAAUAACAAGAUUAGAUUGCAGCUAGUGUCAACAAAGGUAUGAGAAAAUGCGAAGAAACUUCAAGAUUUAAUUGUAGCUAAAUAAAAUAGGUUGGCUAGCUAUUUUUUUAGAAGUGUUGUUUAGGAACUUGUGAACAUGAGGUUCAACUUUACAUGUUUUAACAAGAGCUUGUCCAGUAUUUAUGGUUGGUUAGUUAAAUUUCAAACUCAGCCUUGAACACGCAUGAGUGAAUUAGUCUAUACAUUUACGCGCAGAAGAUACAAAACACUACUUCUUUCAUUUUAAACAUAAAAUACAUAGCAAAUUGAUGACA